UUCUCAAAGCAUCAAAACAUCAGAGCUUCAUCAAGCAUUUGUAUCUUUCCUGCUAGGGUUUAAGCUUAGUUAACCAAAUCGCCAUGAAAUUAGCCUCGCUCGAUAGCAUCCAGAACGCCCACGACGACUCCAUAUGGACGGCGUCGUGGGUCUGCCCCAGUGACGGAGCUCCACCGCUCCUCCUCACCGGGGGCCUCGACGAGACUGUGCGCCUCUGGGACCCGGAGAAGCUCACUUCUUUGCGAACCAACACUGGACAUUGCCUCGGCGUCGUUUCCGUGGCCACCCACCCCACCCGCCGGAUCGCCGCUUCCGCUUCCAUAGAUAGCUACAUUCGCGUCUUCGACGUUGAUUCCAACCGAACCAUUGCCACCCUCGAAGCUCCUCCCUCCGAAGUCUGGCAAUUAUCAUUCAAUCCACAGGGGACCACUCUGGCUGCAGCUGGAGGUGGUAGUUUAUCAGUCAAAUUAUGGGACACUACUCAUUGGCAACUAAUUUCGACGUUAUCCAUUCCUCGUCCAGAAAGUCUGAAGCCUACAGAGAAAAGUAGCACAAAGAAAUUUGUCCUAUCUGUUGCUUGGAGUCCUGAUGGGAGACUAAUUGCCUGUGGUUCAAUGGAUGGCACAAUCUCUGUUUUUGAUGUGAUACGUGCCAAAUUUUUACACUUCUUGGAAGGUCAUUGCAUGCCUGUGCGUUCUCUCGUGUUUUCACCUUCUCUUCAUGAUGCAAGGGUGCUUUUCUCCGCCUCAGAUGAUGGGCACGUUCACAUGUAUGAUGCAGAGGGGAAAGCCUUGAUCAUGCCUUUGUCUGGCCAUUCCAGUUGGGUCCUGAGCGUUGAUAUCUCCCCCGAUGGGGGUGCUAUUGCAACAGGCUCUAGUGAUAAGUCGGUUAGGUUGUGGGAUCUUAAAAUGAGGGCAGCUACACAGAUAUUAACCAAUCACACUGACCAAGUUUGGGCAGUGGCUUUUGGACCUCCUGGAAAAAACGAUCCCCGGUCUUGUAUGCUUGCUAGUGUGUCCGAUGACAAGAGCAUAGCAUUCUACCAGUACUCUUGAUGAUACAAGGAGCCUCCGCAUGGAUUACAUCUUCAAGAUUGUACCGCCCUACCUGCAAAUCUCUUGGCUUUCUCGUUGUUGCCCUCUAACCUUUGCUCUAAGGUUUGUGUCUUGAAAAUCUAAUCUUUUGUACAAUCUCACCAUCAAUUCUUGAAUUUGGUGCCCAGUCACAUUGCUUUUGGAGAAUGUAGAUCCUGCCAUACUUGAUUUCAUUUUAUAUUUGUACUGUACUAGGUUUGUCAAGGCUUAUGAUUAUGAACUAAUGUAGUACUCCAAAUGUGACUAUUUUAAGCUUAUGGAUUAUGCAUAAUUCACAAUGUCA